GAUUUUCAUUGCAGGGGAUGUUUAUAAUAUAUUACAGAGGCUGAGUCACUUGCCCCGCCCCAGGACACUGCCAGAGAGCUGACAUUGCUGUGAGCCAAACGCGAUCUCAGUAAAGACAAAACAUGGCUGCUGCACUCAUCACAGAGAACUUUAAGUUUGUGUCCCUCUUCUUCAAGAGUAAAGAUGUGAUGAUCUUCAACGGUCUGAUCGCUUUGGGCACUGUGGCCAGCCAGACUGCGUACAGUGUUUUUGCCUUUAAAUGCCCGUGUUCCUCUGGAAGGAACUACCUCUACGGCCUGGCAGCCAUUGGUGUUCCAGCGCUUGCAUUUUUCCUCAUAGGAAUAAUGAUGAACAAGAACACCUGGGACCUGGUGUCCGAGUGUCGGCUCAGAUUGUGCCGGAAGCUGUCGGGGGCCGCAGCCUUUAUGCUGCUGGGAAGCAUCAUUGGUCGAGCUGUGGUGGCUCCACUAACAUGGGUGGUUAUCUCUUUGCUGCAGGGACAGGCAUACACAUGUGCCCUCAGUGAGUUUAUUGACCCCAGUACGCUGCCGGGCUUCCCCUCAGAUAAGGGUUCAGAUGUCAUGGCGGAAUUCCCGUGUCCAGGAGCUGUUCCAAAGGAGCUGCAAGGCUUCUGGCCUGAAAUUGAGCGGCGACUGAAUUAUGAAUCUCAGCUGAUAGGCUGGUUGCUGGUGGCAGGAAUGUCCCUGGUGGUGUUCCUGAUGCUCUGUUUAAAGCGCUGCGCCUCUCCUCUUGGCUACCAGCAGGAGGACUACUGGUCUCAGUACCGCUCUAAUGAAGACAACCUGUUCAACCGCACGGCAGCAGUCCAUGCUCGCCUCCUGGCUGCAGAGAACGUUAAGAACUUCUUUGGCUUUGUGGCACUGGAGAAGGAAGAGAAGGAGCAGAUGACUGGGCAGAGUGCUCGUCCUAUCUGCAGAGCUAACUGGAACAGAGUGACUGGUGUCUACCUCUACAGGGAGAAGAAUGAACUGCCUCUUUACAGCAGGCUCAACAAAUGGGUCACGUACAGCCAGGAGAAUAACGUGGAGGCCAUGGACAAAGAGAUUGACAUGCUCAUCUGACAGCAUUCUUCUGAAAGGUGGUCCAGUGGCUGCUACCAUAAAGGCGUCAGUAUGCUUUAAAUAGAGGGCUUUUCAUCAAACAUCUACAAAGUCCUUCAGCUCACUGAUCUGAGAACUUUUUUUGAUAAUUUACAAACUUUCAGAAACUUACAGUCUGACAAUCACACACACAAUUUCCAGUGGAAUAUAACACUAGUAUACCAGGGUAUUUAGAAAUCCAGACAAUAUGACAACGAUUUUCUACAACUUAAUGUCUCUAAAUCAAAAUAUAGACGGUUGGCAGUAAGAUAGAGGGAGUACAGUUCAGAUGUUUGAAUCACAUGUUCAUCAAGGAGGUGCUUAUGAAAGCAAUGGCCAUUUGCUCAGAUUGUGCACACCCCUUUAAUUCAGAGUAUAAACUGUUACCAUCUAGCCUGCGCUUCAAGGCCCUUAUUAUCAUAAAAAACAGGUAUAGGAAUUCCUUCAUCCCGGACUCUAUUCAAGCCUUGACUGCCAAUAGCAGGAGAAGCUAACUGCUGCUGUUGUGGACAAGUCCAUUACCUUGGUGAUGGGUGGGAGUGGGGAUGCUGGAGAUGGUGAUGGUGAUGAAGACGGUGGUGGUGAUGAUGGUGAUAAUGAUAGUAAUUCUGUUUGUAAUGUUUACUUAAGCCUACUUGAAGUGUAGUAUAUCUUGUCUUAUCUGAAGUGUUGAUCUUGUGGUGACUCAGAGGCCCAGAAUUACACGGACAUGUCAAGUUUUGUUUGAUAAUGGAGAUGUACUGGUGCUGUUAAUGAUGAUGUAUACCAGUAUUAUAUUAUAUGCUUAUGGUUCUAGGUUCAGUGAGCUUCAUACUAUCUAUGGGCCCUGUGCUGCUACAGUGGACUUACAGCCUGAUGAGAUGAGCUAAGCUAGCAUUGGUGUGAGCCAUCCGGCCCGUGUUCUCUGCUCUAUAUUUCUAUUAUAUACGGCAUGUUUCUUAUAGUUUGUUAUGUAUUUUUUAU